UUUUUUGUUUGACCACUUUUAAUCUUUUUUUGCAAACCUGCAACAUGACAGAAAAAAAGUGUACAUCCAUGAUUCUUCAUUAUUACAAACAGAGAAAAAAAAACACACUUCAUAAUUAACAAAAAAACCUCCUCACUCGGACACGUCUCAAACUGCCCUGCAGGGUCAAACUGAGACGACUGAAUUUCUAAAAGGUUACAUAAACCAGGACUGACUGAUAUUUGAAAUAAAUAGACGUCUCGCUCAUUUGGAUUCAGAAAUCUUGUUUCUCUGUCGUAAAACUGCGUCCUGUUUCUAGUUUCCACAGACAUGCUGCAGUAGCUGUUUGGUGAAGAGCAGACUCUGUUUUCUUGUUCGGUUGCACAACGAUUGCAACACAGACAGUUUGGAGGUUAACCGCUAAUGUGCGAGUAUGUUCGUCACAUGAUGAGAUGUGAAAUUUCUCUUAAUUAUAAGAUAAUGAUGCCAGAUCGUAAUUUUAAAGACAAUCUGUGGGAGUUUCAACAUGCUUUAAUGAGGAGAGGAGAGCGCUAAAUGAUCGGGAAUAACAGGUGGGAGUUUGUUGAUUUAAACUGGGCUGUGACGCUUUAUUAUAAUGUUUUUUAGAGAGUUUGAUUUUGGCAAAAUGAGUUGAAUCAGUAACCAAAGAGGAGGUCUAACCCUCCCUAAGCUGCAUGUAACAAACCCCCCUUUACUCCCACUCCCAUGUGAGGCAACUCCAUUGACAAAGUUUGAGUUUUCAUCGUUACAGAAUUAAUUUAUUAACAAAAUUAAAAGUUAAGACUCACAAGCAAGUCGAGGAAUGAUCAGGUUACAAAUGUGCGCGUACAAAAAAAGUCCGAACAGUGAUGUGAUUAGUGUUUGUGCAUGCUCAUUCACCUACAACAGUAUCUUUGACUCUUUUGAGGAGUGCUUAAGGCAUCACACAGAGAUCACAGCACUUGUCGUCGAGAUGCAAUAUACACAGAUGCCACAAACACGGCUUCUUAUUUUUAUACAGAGUUCAGGUAGUGCUGAAGAGGAGGAGGAGGAGAAGAGGAGGAGGAGGUGUGCCUGGCUGCAGAGAGCUGCAGUGCAGAGAGGAGAGCACAGAGCUUCAGGGAUGGGAAGGAAGGAUGCAGCGAGAGAGAAGAGAGAGAGAGAGAUAGAGACGGAUGUUAUCUCUCGCCCGCUUCCUCCUGCCAGCCUCUUUAAGGCUUCCGUUCUCCAGCAACUGAGUGAAGAGAGACAAAUAAAAGUGAGAGGAGACAGGCAGGCGGAGGAGACGUGCCGCCACAGGAGAGCACCUGUCCUGUCGACCUAUUUUUAGGCACGACGCGCGGAGAUGACGAUACCGUAAGCCUCUGAGGCUGCGAGGGGAGGCGAAGCUCCGGCUGGCUGCCAGUUGAAAAGUUGUUAAAGUUUUUUUUGUUGUUGUUUUUCACCCUGGGCAGCUUCUCCUCAUGGGGAGAGAGUCGCUGAGUAACAGGAGAACUUUGAGGAGAGAGACUAUCCUGCUGAAACUUUCAACACGACACGGUGACUCAUACUUCUGAAUAUAAGAAACACUGCGCAAACACCGAUCAGAGAAACACGAACGGUAGUUUUAAGAUAUUGUCGCCACUUUAUCUAUUGAGUUUCCUGAAAGUGUCUGCAGGUACAUCUGAAGUUAUAACAGAGUAAUUAAUGAGUUUAUUAUUAAUCUGAUCGUAGGGCUGGGCGAUAUGGCCUCAAUUUAAUAUCAUGAUAUAUUGAUCAGUUCAUCUCGAUAACGAUAAAUGGACGAUAACUACUCCACAAGCUGCUCACCCCUCCCACAUUAACUUCGUCAACGUCUCUGACGUAGGACAGCGUCUUAAAGGGACAUGAGACCAUAGCCUACCUACACACAUCCAAAAACAACUUUGAUUUAUAUAUUUUUUUACACUGAAUAUACCGAUAUGGGCAAAAUGACGUUGGUUAUUGUCGUAAAUUUUGGUAUCGGUAAAUUUUCAGUUUAUCGCCCAGCCCUAAUCUGAUCUAUACCUGAGAGCUCGUUAAAGAGCAGCCCUCAUUUACAGCGAGAUUAAGUGACAGCAGACACAUGAAAAAGAGAGAUAAUCCACUCUGAUGUGAAAUUAAACAAACUUUGACCCCCAAUUUCCACCACACCUGGAAUGGCUACGAAAAGGCAGUAUGCGCCAAUCGUAGCUGAUCGUAACCAUUCAAGGUCACGUGUCAAUUUCCAUCGCUGGACUCCGCAGCUGAUCGCAAGAGUUCUAUUUUUUCCGGACGCCAGAGCAUGGCGGAUAAAUUCAGCACAGAUUAACUCAUGCUGGAAAGGAAGUCGGGCACAGACACAAAAUAAAACAUCCGGCUUCUUUUCAAAGUAAAACACUCCGUGUGGCUAAAAACAACUUGUUAUCGCACGAUUGCACGUGAAUCUGCGGGUUCUUGCGAGUUUUCGUGAUUACCGCUAACCAUUAUCUGCCACAAAAUUCGCCUCACAAAUGGAUCC